AUGGCUACAAGUGCGAAAAUACUCCCGAUAUUCAGUGGCACGUCUGCCGCGGAGGAGGUUGCUGACGCGCUGGCGAGCGAGAUCCGAGGCAAGAAUGUGCUCGUCACCGGUACUUCGAUCAACGGAAUUGGCUUUGAGACUGCGCGCGCGAUUGCGAAGUAUGCGGCGCUGGUGGUCAUAACUGGGUACAACACUGAGAGGUCAGUAUUCCUUCCCUUCAUUCGAGCCCUUCAAGUUCUCGUCCUCAUUCUUCCCGGUCCCGGGCCUCUAGGCUACGCCUAUCGAAGGAGGCAAUCCAUAAGGAGUUCCCCAGCACCAAAAUCCGCACGCUCGAACUUGACCUCUCCUUCGCUGGCGGCGGUUCGCAAGGCUGCAGCGGAGGUGAUCGCAUAUGACGAGCCGCUACACGUGCUAAUCAACAACGCCGCUGCGACCGAGACCGUGUCCGGGCUCACUAUCGACAACCUCGAGGUGCAGAUGGCCGCGGGGCACAUUGCACCGUUUCUCUUCACCAAGCUUGUCUACCCCAAGCUUCAGGGCUCACGGACAACAGACUGGACUCCACGCGUCGUGUUUGUCUCGUCCGACCAACACGCCGCUGGCGAUGGCGUCCCCCUCGAUAAGGAGACAUUCGCACGGGGGACCGGCGCGGCUGCGGAUGACCCCGCCCUGGGCCUCUUUGCGCGGUAUGGGGCCGUCAAGAGCGCGAAUGUGCUCACCGCCCGAGAGAUGGCCAAGCGCGGGGCAAGCAAAGUCAGAGCCUACAGUCUGCACCCCGGCUCCAUCGUCACGAACGCGUUCAGCAAGGGCUUCAAGGGCGCGCUGGAGCAGCUUGGGAUCAUUGAUGCGGAGGGUAAGCCCGGGACGGUGCUUCCGUUCAAGACGCUUCCGCAGGGCGCUGCCACGACUGUGGUGGCCGCAUUCGAUCCCCGCAUUGCAGCCCAUUCGGGAGAGUUCCUCCAAGAUAGUGUCCUUGCCGAAGAGAAGGUCGCGUCGCACAGCGCCGAUAUGGCCCGCGCAGCCAAACUGUGGGAGCUCACGGAGGACGUCCUCGGGGAGAGAUUCGAGCUCUGA